GUAAGCUCGGACAAUUGUGUACUUCAGUGUCUUCAAAUGCCAUCUACAUCCUGCUGUGUGUAAUUCGGAACGCUACCAAUCUGACGAUCUCGGAGUGUCGUGGACUGAGUUUCUUACAAGACGGGGACGCAGUAUCUUGUUUAUGGAGAAGACAAUUUGAGUCUUUAAAUUCGUUUCAAAGUGCACCUACCUUCAGUCUUUGGCAACAUGAGCAGUGUUGGUUCCUCUUGGAGACUCGAACUCUUUUUUAAGUCCAAGAAGGACUUGCAGGAGAAGGUUCUUCCGUUCCUGAAAGAAAAUGGCAUCAAGCGCGUGAAUAUUACCAACAAGACAAAGGAGGACCAGCUGCUGGAGUGUUGCCAGCUCAUUACCUCCGCCAUACCAUCAGCGCAAGUCUGUGUCCAUUACUCCUUCAAAUGGAAUUAUAAGCAUAAUGUGGACCAGUCCCUUGAAGCAUUCUCGAAGUUCUGCGCCUGCCUGUCAGAGGACAAGCAGUCAAGCGCACUGCUUAUCAGCGGAGGCAAGAAGCGCAAGCUUGAUACUGUUGAGGCGCUGCAAAGAUUGGGUGCUUCUGCAUGCAACUUUGCGAUGCCACCAAUCUAUGUUGCUUUCAACCCAUACUUUCCCAGCAAAGCUGAGGCUGCUGAGGAGAGGAAACGCAUGCAAAGAAAAUUGGACAGCGGCCUGGUGAGGGGCAUCUAUCUGCAGAUGGGCACAGACUUGAAGCUGCUCAAGGAGGGCUUGGACUUCCUCAAAGAGGCUGGCAGCACCCGGCAGGACAGUCCCAUGAACCUUUAUGGGUCAAUUUUCCUCCCAAGCAAGCGGCUGCUUGCCCAAAUGCGCUUUCGCCCAUGGAAUGGAGUUUUUCUUAGCGAUGAGUACUUGAGCAACGUGGAUAAGGCGAGGAGCAUCACAUCGGAUAUCUUGAAUAGUUACUCACAGCAUGGUGUCACUCCUCUCGUGGAGAGCAACAUUUGCACUUCACAAGAGCUGCGGCAGUGCCUGGAUCUGCUGGAAGAAAGUCACAGAACGGCAUGACUGGAUGAUUUUGCGUGGUCAUCAUCGUUUCGAAUCGUUCUGUUUGAUGCUGGUGGUACUGAGAUUGCUCGCCUAUCGGCUGCACAUGCAGUGUUGUACAUGAUGCAUGGCUUGCAUGGCUUCAAUUGAUAAUUGUUUCAUUCUACUGUAUGAUACAAGGCGGAUCGUAACGCCACAUUCUCAGACCUCAAAAGCCUGUUAACAUUAUCAUUAUU